CCCCCGCUGGCUGCCAGGAGCACACUCAUCAUUUCUGAGGAGCCAGUGAGAAGGAGAAGGAGCUGAGGCCCAGGCCAUGAUGGAGCCAGAGGAGUACAGAGAGCGAGGAAAGGAGAUGGUGGACUACAUUUGCCAGUACCUGAGCACCGUGCGGGAGCGGAGGGUGACCCCAGAUGUGCAGCCUGGCUACCUGCGAGCCCAGAUGCCUGACAGUGCCCCCCAGGAACCUGACAGCUGGGACAGUAUCUUCGGGGACAUCGAGCGAAUCAUCAUGCCUGGGGUGGUGCAUUGGCAGAGUCCCCACAUGCAUGCCUACUACCCAGCUCUUACCUCAUGGCCCUCACUGCUGGGAGAUAUGCUGGCCGAUGCCAUCAACUGCUUGGGGUUUACCUGGGCUUCCAGUCCUGCGUGCACGGAACUGGAGAUGAACGUUAUGGACUGGUUGGCAAAAAUGCUGGGACUGCCGGAGCACUUCCUGCAUCACCACCCUGGCAGCCAGGGGGGAGGCGUCUUACAGAGCACUGUCAGCGAGUCCACCUUGAUCGCCUUGCUGGCAGCCAGGAAGAACAAAAUCCUUCAAAUGAAGGUGUCGGAGCCGGAGGCUGAUGAGUCUUCUCUGAACGCCAGGCUUGUAGCCUACGCCUCUGACCAGGCUCACUCCUCCGUGGAGAAGGCUGGCUUGAUUUCUCUCAUCAAGAUGAAGUUUCUGCCUGUGGAUGAGGACUUCUCGCUCCGAGGAGAGGUUCUUCAGAAAGCCAUCGAGGCAGACAAGCAGCGGGGCUUGGUGCCCAUCUUUGUCUGUGCAACUCUCGGGACCACCGGAGUCUGUGCCUUUGACUGCCUGUCAGAGCUGGGUCCCAUCUGUGCCCGUGAAGGGCUGUGGCUCCAUGUGGAUGCAGCCUAUGCCGGCACUGCCUUCCUGUGUCCUGAGUUCCGGGGCUUUCUGACAGGCAUCGAGUAUGCUGACUCCUUCACCUUUAACCCUUCCAAGUGGAUGAUGGUGCACUUUGACUGCACUGGUUUCUGGGUCAAGAACAAAUACAAGCUGCAGCAGACCUUCAGUGUGAACCCCGUCUACCUCAGGCAUGCCAACUCGGGUGCUGCCACCGACUUCAUGCACUGGCAGAUUCCCCUGAGCAGGCGUUUUCGCUCCAUUAAGCUCUGGUUCGUGAUUCGGUCCUUCGGGGUGAAGAACCUUCAAGCGCACGUCCGGCAUGGGACCAAAAUGGCUAAAUAUUUUGAAUCUCUGGUUAGAAGUGAUCCUUUCUUUGAAAUUCCUGCUAAGAGGCACCUUGGCCUGGUGGUGUUUCGUCUAAAGGGUCCAAACUGUCUCACUGAAAGUGUGCUGGAGGAAAUCACCAAAGCUGGCCAUCUAUUCCUCAUUCCAGCCACUGUUCAGGACAAGCUGAUCAUCCGUUUCACGGUGACAUCCCAGUUCACCACCAGAGAUGACAUCUUGAGAGACUGGAAUCUCAUUCGAGAUGCCGCCACUCUCAUCCUGAGUCAGCAUUGCACUUCCCAACCUAGACCUCAGGUUGGGACACUCAUCCCUCCAGGCUGGGGUCCCAGAGCCAUGGCCAAUGGGAUGCACCUUCAAUCUGCCAACGAGGCAGGAGAUUAUCCAGAUCAGGUCCAGAAGAUCAUCAAGCAGCCUCAGCCUCUGGGAAAUGGCCCUCUGAGAGGGGAAGAUGGCAGUCAUCUUGAAACUCUGCAGGACCCAUUUGACGACUGCUUUUCUGAAGAGGCCCCAGAUGUCACCAAGCACAAGUUGCCCUCCUUCCUGUUCAAUUAUCUGUCUGUGCAGAGUAAGAAGAAAACAGUGCGUUCCCUCAGUUGCACCAGUGUGCCUGUGAGUGCUCAGAAGUCACUUUUCACAGAUGGCUCCAUGAAGAAUGGGGGUGCCUCCCGUGUCCCACUCUUUUCUAGGUUUCCCGAAGAGAUGAUGAUGCUGAAGAAAAGUGCCUUCAAAAAACUAAUCAAAUUCUAUAGUGUCCCUAGCUUUCCUGAAUGCACCUCUCAGUGUGGGCUCCAGCUGCCUUGCUGUCCUCUGCAGGCCAUUGUCUAGGCCCAGGGUUUCACUCAAAGACCCCAGAUCUGCCUGUGAACCCCUGAUCAUUGUAUGCCGAGUCUAUGUGCUUAUGUUGUUUGUGCAGCUCUUCUUGGGAGACAGUCCACAGUGUUGAUUAGAUUCUCAUGGGGCUUCAUGACCUCAGAUGGCACCCAGAUGGAGAGUUUAGGCCAACACAGUCUAGAAAGUUCUAGUAGGUUGGUCAGAGAGAAAGGACCCAGGGUUGUAGACUGACAGGCUGCUUCUGUGGUUCAGCUUGUGACAUACAAUAAACCGUAGAAAUAAAUGUGCUUAUCUCUGAAAAAA